CGUGUCUGCCAGCGGAAUUCAAGAUGGCGCCAGCCAUUUUGACGUUUUCAGUGGCCUCUUAGUUUUUAAGCUUAUUUUUAAAUAUUUUUGUUUGUUUUGUUGCAACAACAUGUUCGCAAGUUUCUAAAUUACGUGCGCGUCGUUCCCCUUCGACUUGAACGCGCUGGCACCAACGGAACCGAAAUCUCCGAUUCAAGAACAAAAAUCGCAACUGGUAAAAGUAACCCAAACAAUCUGUAUUUUUUUUUUCGCGGCCCACUAUAAUAGCGACAGCUUUGUGAUUUAUCUACAAAGCUGCGUGAAAUUUCAUUAAAUGAAACAAACAAGUAAUAUUGAUAUUGAAAUAGCGACAAUUGGCUUAACCUAACUUUAGCCUUGAGAAAAAGUCUUGAAGUCGACGAUAAACCAUGGAGGCUAUGCAAUACGAGCUGGCAAGAAACAUGACCCUAUUGUUUUUCUUCGAGAGGCUGCUUGAUAAAGGAGAGCCUCGGACUUUGCACGAUCUAAGCUGCCAAUUUGGCUCGAAAGGCUUUACGAAGGAAAUGAGGCAAAUAGCUGGCGGGAGCCAGAGUGGCCUAAAAAAGUUUCUCACACAGUACCCAUCAUUAUUUGCCAUGGAAGGAGAAUAUGUUACGAUAAAUACCUUCAAAAACGGCAGUCACGUUAGUAGUGCGGGCGGGAAAGACUAUGAUACUCAAGCGGUGGAAUAUUUUUCGGAGAAACUGCUGCAAUACGGCGAAGGCACCGAAGUACCAAUCCGCAGUCUCUUGGGACACCGUUCGCAGGCCUCUCCGGAAGUUCGCCACGUUUCGGGACAACACUUCCAUGAAUUCAGGGAAUUUCUAUUCAAGCACCCCGAUACGUUCCUCGUAGACGACGAAAAAGAGACCGUCGUCUUGGCGAAUUACGACGACGUUCGCUCCCACUGUCCUCCCGAGCUUCACUUCCAUCCCGACGUCCAAAUCGAUCCGCAGGACACUCAAACCCUCCUGGAUUUCUUGGCGCAGUGCAUCGAAGUCAAGGGUCCGAUUUUGUUCGAACAACUUUUCCAAAUUGUUAGCUGCAAUCUUCCCGAGGCCAUUUGGUCCAACCUUUUCAACACCCCCACCCAACUGUCGAGUUUUUUGCGAUUGUUUUCCGACAGCUUCCACAUACAGUCGAAUUUGGUGACGCUUCUGCAGACCCCGAAAAUUAACCAGAAACAUAUCAAAGCCCAACUGGAUCUCAUCAAAGAGAAUAAAAUCAAAGAAAAGCAGCGCGAUGGAGAGGAAGAAGUAAACAAUAAAAUUAACGAAUUGGAGAGAAACGGGGCUCCCAAAGCACCGGCAGUCGAAAAACCUGAAAAGGCUGUUGCGGUGGUACAGAAGUCGAUAAGCGACAGAUUGAAACAACCCAAACUGCAGCAGCAAGGGAAAGCCACCAGUCCCGAACCACCUGUAGCCCAAAACGCCGACAAAAAGGGGUUGUCUUUUAAGUUGGGGCCUCGUCCGGGAAAGACCUCGCCAGAAUCUGAAGAGCAGACCGUCCCGCCCCAGGUGGAUUCAAAUAAACCGCCUCUCGUUAAACCGACGAAGUAUAAUCAGUCUCUCAAGCAAAGGAUUAACAAUCUCGUUAUAAAAACCCUUCAGGAGAAUACGGGCAAGGAGAGGCAGACCUUGCUGAACCAUCAGGCCCACAAUGAUUCUUGGACGAUCCGACUGUUCCAAAACACGCGGGUCAUAUGCAGCAGUCGCGAGUGUCAGAUGGUGAUCGACGAAAUAAUGACGAGAAAACCGAGCAAACCGGUGAAACCGCAGGACGACGAUUGGCCGUUUACGCAGGAAAAAAUCGUAGUCGGUUUCGACUGUGAGGGUAUCAAUAUAGGAACCAAAGGGCAGAUCACCCUGAUGCAGAUAGCGACCAUGGCCGGAUUCGCGUACGUUUUCGAUCUUAUCUCGUGCCCCGAAAUGAUCGAUAGCGGCCUGAAAAGGAUUUUAGAAUCUCCCAACGUCGUCAAGAUCAUGCACGACUGCAGAAACGAUUCGGUCAACCUCUUUAGGCAAUUUAAUAUAUCUUUGAGGUGUAUUUUCGAUACUCAGGCAGCCCACGCGGUUCUCACGUAUCAGGAUACCGACAAGCCCGUGUACAAAGCGAAGAGCGUCGCGUUAAACGCCCUCUGCGAGGUUUACGGGGCCCUGGCGAAUCCUAUGAAGGACCAGUUGAAAAAUAUAUACAGGAGGGACCAAAAAUAUUGGUCAAAACGACCUUUGACUCGGGACAUGGUUAUGUACGCGUCCGCCGACGUGCUUAGCUUGGUCAGCGAGAAAAUUUACUACCCAAUGGUCAACUCCAUAAAGGAGGAAAACAGGGGUUUGAUGGUCGAGCUGUGCGACGAGCAGAUUUUUUUGCACAUCAAUCCAGACGACGUAAAGCUGAAGAAACGACAACGAAAGACUGAGACGGAAGUGAAAGAGCUGCGGACCAAGCUGGCCCAAGCUUCCAAGAGUGUAGUUUUAAGUAACCGAGAAGUUAGACUGCUGAGGUACAUCGAGCUCACGGAAGAGGAAAAAGAAAAGCUGAAAUCGUCGGCCAAGGUGGCGAAAAAGCUGGAAAAACUCGAGAGCCUCGGACAGGAACGGGACGACGCGAGUUCGGACGACGAGGCGGAAAACGACGCCGACUAUCCGAGCUUGGACAGCGACGUGACGUCGCCAAGAAAUUCGGAACCCACCAGUCUAACGGAGUCCAUGCAAUUGGUCGAUUCCAUUCUCAAUGACAAUAAAAUCGAUAGGUUGGACAAAAUCGAUAAACUGGAGUCAAUCCUGGCUUCCGCGACCUCGUUACCGACUGACGGCAUGGUGGAAGGGGUUAAAUGUACCUGCAACUGUCACGCGAGCAAGAUUAACGGCUUGAAGAUGGACGGGCGCGUGGUGUCCCCGACGCCUGGCAGGUUCGCUUCGCGGGUAAGUCUAAAUGACCCGGGCAUCGUCAAGGAGAACCACCGCAACAUCUGCACGCAGACAUUGAGCACCGGCGACGUCGUGGUGACGAAAAUAUUCUUUAACGAGACGACUGAGUAAUACAGGUUUAAAGACGUAGUUUUUUUUUAGGGAAUACACAGGAGUAUUUUUACGCGACGCCCACACAUAAUUUUUACUACGGAAAUGUACACACCACUGCUCAAAAUUAAUUUUGUAAAAUGGGCGGGACCGCGUUAUAUAGGUUAGGACGGGACUAUAGUCAAAACCAGUCUUAUCGUGCUGAUUAACGACAAACUUUCACGUUUGUUUUUCUUUUGUUGUGUUAAUUGUACCCACCAGAUAAAAUUCGCCAGAUUAAGUGGAAAAUCGACAACGAAUGUCUAGGAAAUAGUAGCGAAAGCACUGGGAAUCAGUACAUAAAAAAAAACAAUGUACCAUUGAAGAAUACAAAUUUUAAAAGAACAUAUCAAAAAUGGAAUUUUGGAAUGUAAUUUAUGAUCUAAAGAAACGUAGUGUUGUGGGUAUUGGACUCAUUAUCAAGAUUGACUUUUGCAUAUAAAAAUGACGUACCAGCUGGGAACUUAAUAAUAGGUAGGUUAUGUUAAAAGUUCGUUAGAAAAGAAUUAGGUUUCCAUUUUUAUUAAUUCUUGCACAUACUACAUAUUGGAAACGAAAUCUUAAAUGCUAUAACAAGAGAUUUAUUUUGUUUAAAAAAAAACGUUAUUUUAAAAUACAUAUAAACACAAAUAUGUUAAAACAAAAAUAAAAUCAAAAACUAUUUUGUAAAAAAGUCCGAUAUUCGAUAAUGUUUAUAUAUAUUUAUAAAUAUUUCAUAUGAUUUAUAUUUAAUGUUUCCCAUAAUUCGGUCAUUUUACCUGUUGCGAAUAAAGUGCUAUUAUUAUUAUUUCCAGAGAUGCGCUGUAUCACUUCUUUCAAAAAAUCAUUUUACAUUUUUGAUCCCUGUUACGGCGACAUCACAAGUUGGAGAUGUUUCUUCCCGCACUUCUUGGUUGUCUUCAUCUUGAUCACCUUUUAGUUGUUCGGUUUUACCAAGCUGCUGUAAGCGUAUUUGGUUGUCUCAAUAUCAUUAUCGAUAUCAACAAAAGCGUCUACCGGGGCGAGAUUGAAUUUUUCGAAGUUAAAAUUAUUUUUGGUUAACCAAACAUUUGAGGGUAAGUUGUCUUCAUCUUCCUCGGAUUGUUUGAUAAGCCACUGGUUGAGAGGUUUUGCACUUUGUCUCAGAAGUACGUAAUAACAGAGUACGUUAUAAAAACUGUAUUUCUACUGAAUGCUUCAUAAGAAUGACUUUUUACAUGGUGCGUUAUAACCGUUGGUUCGUAAUAAGCGUGUACAUUGUACGCGAGUUUUACUGUAUAUACGUGCUCUAGAUGCAAUAUUGCGUAAACAAUUUAAUGCAAUAGAAAUUAACAUGGCCUGAGGCAAAAUCUUAUUACCAAAAGCAUGUAGGCGGUGGUCUUAAGUUCGAGAUGUUUUCAAUUAUCCGUGGAACAUAGAGAAAAAUUAAUAAGGGACUGACUGCAUCUAGAACAAACACUGGAUGCCAAAAUACCACCGAUGAUCAUUGUUCCGAGGACUUAACAUUAAACAGGCUAUAACAUUAAGCAGUUUUUUUCGUUUGCACCUUUUUGGUAUUCUUAGUAUUAUAUUAUAAUUUUUUUAUACAUGAUUUCCUGUACAGUCUUUAAAUUGACUCCCACCAUUUCCGCUACUGCUUCCUGGAGACAGACUGGCAAAUUUUCUUUUUGUUUUCAUUUCUUGAAGUAAUUAUCCUUUAAUAAUUUUAAAUAGUUGCUAAAAUAAAUUGAAUAAUAAGAUAUUUAAUUUAUUAUUGAUAUAAAUAUAUGUUAUAUAUAUAUAUAUAUAUAUAUAUAUAUAUAUAUAUAUAUAUAUAUAUAUAUAUAUAUAUAUAUAUAUAUAUAUAUAUAUAUAUAUAUAUAUAUAUAUGUAUAUAUAUAUGUAUAUAUAUUGAAUAUAGUAGUCGGUUCUUAAUAAUUUUUUAACACCUAUUGUUAUACAAUUUAGUUCCUGUUAUGGAAAUUUGGACCUGCAUUAUAAGACUGAAUUUGACUAUAUAUUACGUUUACUUGAUGGACAGAGUAGAAUUUUAAAAAAUUACUGCCACGAGAUUUAACAGUUCUUCCAAACUCCAGUAGACCGGUAGUAGGCACAGUUCUAUUAUUAAAUACCACAGACUAAACAGACCUAGACUUCCACUCAAACGCUAAAAGUUUACUUCCAAAUUUUUGGGCGGGUUUCAUUUAAUGCGUUUGAACUACAGCUAGUAAAGUGAACGUGGGAAUAGCGAGUAUUAAAGAAUAUUUUCUUUAACACCUUCCAUAAGCAGUGUCGGUCUAGGUAAGUUAAUACUCUGGACUUCAGGGAAACAUAUAGACGGAAUAUUAAAUUUCUAAUGCUCAAUUACAUUCUGUCCUAACCGUAAUCGUGUAAGGGCCUUAUUCGGACUAGUAUUAACUUUUUUAUUGUACAUAUUAGUGAAAUUUACCUACCUAACCUCUCUUGUGAUAGCUUAGCGAUUUUUUUUUAUUCGGGUGGCAUAAUUUUGAAGGCGGAAAGAGACUAGUAAGUAAAUUAAUAUUUUGGGGUUCGAGAACCGCUUCCGGUGCCUUCCAAAGUGCCUCACAUCAACUUUGAGUACUUAUUAACCCCGGGUUAUUGAUAGGUUAAAAGAUACUAAAGCAAUAUAACAAAUUUUAUUAU